CUAGUUCAGUGUUUCCUGUUUCUCAAAAGAGGCAGCAGAAAACUGGAGUGAACUUCAUAAUUGACGUAACGGAAAGACGCAGUUGUUCAUCUUGACAGACAGCAAACAAGCCCUGAGCAUCAAAAUGUUCCUGCAGUACCUGUCCUACAUAAUCAUGAGCUUUACACCUUUGGCAGCCAUUUUGCCACCAACCGAGCCUCCCUUGAUCCCCAAUCACCCCUUUGUUGCCGUGUGGAACGCCCCCACUAAAAGGUGUCAGCGUCUGGACAUUCCACUGGACACUGAAGCCUUCCAGGCGGUGACCACUCCAGCCUUAGUUCCAGGUCAGUUCCUGACCAUCUUCUACGAGAGCCGUCUCGGUCUCUACCCCAAGAUCGAUCCGGCCAGGCGUACUCGCCGUGCGGGUGGCGUUCCUCAAAACGGCAACCUGACGGCGCACCUGCUCAAGGCGAGGUAUCAAAUCGCCAACUACAUUGCCGAGGAUGAAUCCCCUGGCCUCGCUGUCAUCGACUGGGAGUCCUGGCGCCCCCUGUGGGCCCAAAACUGGGGAUCCAAACGAAUCUAUCAAAAGCUAUCAAUUGCCAAUGCACUGCAAACCUCCCCGUUCUUAUCCCUGAAGAAGAUCUCACAGCUGGCUGUGGAUCAGUUCCAGAGGGCCGGGAGAAACUUCAUGGAGAGGACCAUUGAGCUCGGGGUGAAGGAGCGUCCAAGCCGUCAUUGGGGGUUCUAUUUGUUCCCUAACUGCUACAACUACGACUGGGACCGGCCCAACUACACGGGGAGGUGCUCGACCAAGGCCCGCAAGCAGAACCAGGAGCUGAUGUGGCUCUGGGAACACAGCACCGCACUAUUUCCAUCAAUCUACCUGCACUUAGGCCUGAAAAACUCCCCUGUGGCAGCGCUCUACGUGCGGUAUCGUGUCCUCGAGGCCCUGAGGGUGGCAGCGCUACCCAAACGGCUGGCCACUGUGCCCACCUAUGUCUACUCCAGACCCAUGUAUAGAAGCCAGAACCAAGUUUUUGAAACCCCAGCGGACCUGGUGAGUACAGUGGGCGAGUCAGCCGCCCUGGGGGCUGCUGGCGUGGUCAUGUGGGGCGGAAGCAAAGACUACAAUGACAAGGCCUCCUGCGAGUCACUGUCCGACUACCUGACAUCCACACUCAAUCCAUACCUGGCCAAUGUGACGGCGGCAGCCAUGUUGUGUAGCCAGGCCCUGUGCCAGGGGCGCGGGCGUUGCGUGCGGCGUAGCUACAGCUCUUCUGUUUAUCUUCACCUGGAUGCCACCCGCUUCAGCAUCUUGCGAGCAGACAGGAAGUAUGUGGCAGUGGGCCUCCCUUCUGACGAAAACCUGGAGGCCUGGGCCCAAAACUUUACGUGUCAGUGCUACGCCGGGCGAGAAUGCGAGCCGAAACUCACGCCACCCAUUGGCAUCCAGGUCAUCAAAGUGUAAAGCAGAAAAGCAACGCCUUUGAUCAUCUAACAAGAAGAAAUAAACACCGUAGGAACAGUUUUUUUUUUUUUUUUUUAACCUUCACGUGCAUCCAGUGGCGUGGGAAAUGGGGUACUGAGGAUGCUGCAGCACCUCCUGGUGUUGGGGAGAAAAAAAGUGUUGGUAGGGAGAGGGGUAAAAAUAUAUUCAGAGGUAAGUUGAUGCUAAAAACGGUCCCUUUUGAAUUUUCAACAGCCUAUAUUUUGUAAGAGGCACUAUAGAAUGUAUAUUUUGAGCUUUAUUUGUAUGUGCGUGGCGUAAUUAUACAUAUAUUUUAUUUUGGUGACAAGCGAUUUUCUCCUACUUUUAAAGAUGACUCUGCUAACUGGGAAUGUAUCGCUGGCCAGGGAUAAAUUCAUUAAGUCGCUACCUCUUUUAAAUUGUCAACUCUUUCAGAGGCCCUUUGUGACGUUCACACUCAUCUAUAUUUGUGAGUAUUGGUAGACGACUGGCUUUCACAUGGUAAUUAGCUCGAUUUUGUAAGCUUUGAACUAAGGUAUCACCCACAUGGAAGAGUACCAAGUCAAUGCAUGACAACCUGUAUUCUUCACACCAAAAUAUUUGACAUUAUUAUAUUUUAGAGAUCUGUAUAGAUUGAAAAGCGAUAUCAAAAAACACAAAUUUAUAAUAGAAAACUAAUUUAAUGGGGGUUUUUUUAGGUCACAUUUUCAAGAUCUGCUUCUGCUGGGGACUCCUGCUGGUGCUUGCUGGUUGUGUGCACGAAGCCCAUUUUUCAAAUAGCAAAAAACAUAUUAAAACAGCCUUUUAUUUAAUGUUUUGACGGCUGACCAUUGCCAUCCAUUUUUUCUGUUGCUCUUGUUCUUUGGGGAAACCAUACUGCACAACCAACCAUCACAGGCCACUGAUCUAUAAAAUGUUAGGUGUAAACAAUGAACCAUGACACCAAUUUCACCAAUUGUUCAAUAAAAAAUGUUUUUCCUUUAUCAAAGGGUAAUAAGAUGUUAUUGUUAUACAUUACACCAUGUUACAGAAAAUAAUACAAUUUUGUUCCUGUCCUGUAAUCAUUUUGUUUUGCUUGGGUCCAAACUAAAUUAAAAAUGCAUC